CAACCACACAAUGUCUCUCUUCACGUGGCUAAGCAUAGGUGUAUUUGCCUACUAUGCUAUCCGAAGCAUCUACCGACUCUAUUUCCACCCUCUGGCUAAGAUCCCCGGCCCCAAGCUAGCAGCACUAACCAGUGGCUACGAGUUCUACUUUAACGUCAUCAAAGGUGGCAUGUACAUAUGGGAAAUCGAGCGCUUGCACAAGAUCUAUGGUCCAAUCAUCCGCGUCAAUCCACGCGAAGUCCACAUCAACGACCCAGAAUACUACGACGAGAUCUACACCUCGCGCGCUCGCCGUCGAGAAAAAGACCCCAUCCAAGUGGCCCAGUUCGGUCUCGAUGGCUCCAGCUUUUCGAGCAUCACGCCCGAAGAACACCGACAGCGGCGGGUGCACCUCGACAAAUUCUUCUCGAAACAAGCGAUCGCCAACAUUGAACACCUGAUCCAGGAUAGCCUGGAUAAGAUUAUCGAGAAUCUCAAAGACGCAUAUCAAACGCACCGGGUGGUGAAUCUCGAUUCUGGUUUCGCAGGCUUAACAGCCGACGUGAUCUAUCAGUAUACUUUUGGAUUUAAUCCAGGUAAUCUGGACCAUGAAGGAUUCAAUCAGAAUGUGAGAGAUGGAGCCAAUGCCCUCCUUCAGAGCUCGCAUGUUCUGUAUUUCUUUCCGAUUUUGAACACCAUCAUGGGUUGGUUGCCGCUGGGGGUGUUGCGUCGGGUGAAUGAGUCUGCAUAUGUAUUGGCGAUUCAGAAGUCGGAUCUGUAUUCACGAGGUGCGGCGGCGUUGGAGAGGAACCGCGACCGUGUGGAGGAUAAAACAGCCAGUAACCGCAAAGGCGCGAUUCUGGAUGCUCUUUCAGGACCCAAUAUUCCGGAACACUUGCGGACGCCUGAACGGCUCAUGAAUGAGGGGCAUAGUCUGUCCAUUGCGGGGACGGAGACAACGGCGCGGUCACUGGCUGUGGGGUCUUAUUACUUGCUUACGAUAGAACAUGUGAGGACGAAGCUGAGAGAGGAGUUGAAGAGUCUGAUGCCGACCCCGGAGACUCGAGUGACUUGGGCGGAGUUGGAGAAAUUGCCUUAUAUGUGCGGUGUCGUCAAUGAGACACUGCGUCUCUCCACCGGCAUCUCAUCUCGAAUUCCUAGAAUCGCUCCUACCGAGACACUCGUGUACAAAAACUAUGUUAUACCCCCGGGUACUCCUCUCAGCCACAUGCAUUACUUCAUUCUCAUGGACCCGAACAUCUUCCCAAAUCCGCACGUCUUUGAUCCGGAGCGCUGGAUCCGAGCGGCUGCCAAGGGGGAGCGAUUGGAUCGGUAUUUGGUGAACUUUACCCGAGGCCCUCGGAUCUGUCUAGGCAGGCAUUUGGCUUAUGCAGAGCUGUUUGUGGUUCUUGCCACGCUUAUCCGCCGGUUCGAUAUGGAAUUGUAUGAGACGACCAAGGCGAACAUUGACUUUGUGCGUGAUUUUGCCACGCCUUAUCCGGAGAAGGGGAAUUUGAGUGUGCGGACGGUUGUUACGGGGGUGAUAAGGGAUUGA